AUGUCUACCCUCCACCCCAACGCCGAAAAGCUCAUCGCCCGCGCCGAAGAAUUCUUCGCCGAGGUCGCCGAUCUAACCCCCGGCCACGAGCUCGAAAAACACCUCAAUGAGAACUACGGCCCGGGAAACCCCUUCUACGAAGACUUUUGCAGCCUCAUCCGAUCUGGUAUAGCCAACAACGAAGGCUGGGUCGCGACCGACGAGCUCGACGGCCCGAAAUACCGACGCAGUCGCCUCUGCACUCCCACAGAACGCACGCGCUUCUUCAGCAUCACGACGGUGUACAUGGAUAGUCAGGCAGAAUACCGCGGGCAGUACCAUCUGCAUCCCUAUGGGGAGAUCAAUUGCGUCGUGCAGAUUGACCCCACGGCGGAGCUGAAGGGGAUGAAUGGGUGGCAGGGGGCCGGGUGGACGUCGCCGGGGGCAGGGACGCAUCAUUAUCCGGAGGUUCGAGGGGGUGCGUUGGUUGCGUUGUUCUUUUUGCCGGCGGGACGGAUCUCGUACAAGGCGACGCCGGACAUGAAGCAGCCUGUUGCGGUGUGA